CUGAAAUUGGUCAACACCCAAAACCAAACACAAUCACUUUCCAAUCCCUCUGAAGAAGAAAACACGUCACAUGGCACAGACAGCAAUCGCAUUCCCUUUAAACAUUCAUUCCCAUUGAUUCUAGAACCACUGCUCCGGCAAGCACUAGCCUCCGUUGAAUGCAAACCACGGCUCCAACAAGACCAAGUAUCAAGAUCACAACAGAAUGCAUGGCUAGUUCGUGUUUGAUUGCAUGCCCUUCCUUCCACGGCGGACGCGGUGCCCUCCCUUCCGCCGGCGGACAUCCCUCCGAUCUCACCUUCCUCGCCGGCGGCGGCUGCUGCUGAGCUACACGACGUCGUUCCCCUUUAUUUUUCUCAAAAAAGAAAAAAAACUUGAUUGUGUUUUGAACCAUGGUUUCUUUGGAUCAGCUACAGUGUCAAUGCUCACGAUUCUCUCUGAAAGGUGUUAGUGUCCCUCUUUACCGACUUGGUAGCAAUUCUGGUUUGGAUGAUGGCUCUGUUGCAGAGGAGCAGAGUUUAUUGGAUUCGGUGCUUCUUGCCCAUUGGGAGGAUCGAAUGUGGAAAGGUUUAUUUAGAUAUGAUGUGACAGCCUCUGAGAUUAAGGUUAUUGGUGGAAGGAGAAAGUUUAUUGCGCAGUUCAAUGAGAGGUGGAGCGCGGAUUGUGUUCCCAAACCGGGUAGGAGUAAAAUCGGCCGUGGAGUUUUUGAGCUUUGGAUGGACUGCCAGGAGGAGUUACUGUUUUCAGUUGCAAGGGGUGCAGAGUCGAGCCCGGAGCUUGUUCUUGCGGCUGAUGUCCCUGAUUCUGCCUUAUUGAUUACUGUAAAUGUUUCCGCGAUCGAAUAUGGCCAUGUCUUCCUGAUACCAUAUUGUUCGAACAUUCUUUACCAGUUCCUGGAUGCAAAAUCCUUGGAAUUGGCUCUGCGUGUUGCUGUUGAAGUGAAGAAUUACUCGUUUCGCCUGUUCUAUGACUUUUCACCCGGUGCUUCUCAUAUAUAUUUCCAGGCUUGCUAUUUUCAAUCCCCUUUACCUGUUGAGUUCAUGCCUUCUGAUACACUCUUCAUUGAUGGGCAAAAGAAGAUGUGCAUUUCAUCUGUUGUAGACUACCCCAUUAAGACCCUUGUGUUUGAGAGCAACCACUUUGAGCCGAUGUUAGAGGUUGUUGCUGAGAUAUGCUCUUGUCUACAGGGAAAGCUUAUACUGUAUAAUCUGCUUGUAUCUGAUAAUGGCAGAAAGAUCUUUUUAUUUCUUCAGCAACACACAUCAAAAACCUCGUUCACCCUUUCAGCUUGGGAAUGUGGUGGCUACUUCUUGUUUAAAUCAAGAUCUGCAUAUGAUCAAGCUACUGAGAUGACUUUGCUAAAGCAGUUGAGCACUGUCUCCAUUGAUAAGGAAGGUUUCGAAGCAGUUAAGCUGAUGUGUCGGAGCAUUGCAAGCAAGUUUACUUCAUGAAUUUGGGAGCUCUGCUGUAUAUAUAUCAUGAAAGAUAUGCUGCUUUUAUGUCCGAAGUGAAUAUUAAAAUGAGUAAAAUGUGAUGUACACUCAUUUGUUCAUAUUUGGUGUACUUGGUCCACCUUACUCCUGUAAACUGUUUCUUGGGGUAAAAAAAAAAAAAAUUGGGUUCUGAAAAUCCCUAG